AUGGCUGAUGUUGCUUUUGCUGCAGCAAUUCGGAAAGUCGCUGACAUACUUGGCAAUCUUCUGGUUGAUGAAGGCACUCGUUGGUAUUGGUUGCAGGAUGACAUUAGGUGGAUCCACACGGAGAUGAGACGAAUUCAAUCGUUCCUAAAAGAUACUGAAGACAUACAGGGCAACAGUGAAGGAGUGGCGAACUUGAUAGAGGAGAUCAGAGAUCUGGGUUUUGAUGUGGAAGACAUUAUUGACACCUUCUUCCCUAAAUUGGCAUCACACAGAAAUAAAAGGUCUCUGGGUUGCCUUUCAACUGAGGUUAGUUGCAACCCAAUCUCCUUCACCUUUACUCGACAUAAGUUUGGAAUGAAGAUUGCAAGAAUCAAGAAAUGGAUUGAAGACAUCAAUCGUGCCCGGACAACUUAUGGCAAUACAGGUAACACCAGCAGAGAAGAAGAGCAGGACCUGAGGCAGUCAUUCCCUCAUGUUGAGGUACCCAAUAUAAUUGGUUUCGAAACACAAACUGAGAAAUUGAGGGCCAAACUACUUGAUGAGGAUACACCAUAUUGUGUGAUUUCAAUUAUUGGUAUGCCAGGUUUGGGUAAGACAACUCUUGCUAGGGAAGUUUUUAAUUCAGUUAAACAAGGUUUUCAAUGUUAUGCUUGGGUUUACAUUUCUCAAAAGCCUAGACUGAGAGAUGUUCUGCAAGAUAUAGGGGGACAAGUGGGCUUGGCAAAGGAGAUGCGAGAAGAAAGUCUAGAAGCUAACCUGUUCGAGUUUUUGAGGGAGAAGAGGUAUGUAUUAGUCCUUGAUGACAUAUGGAAACCUGAAACAUGGGAUGCUCUUAAAAAUGCCAUUCCCUGCAAUUCUAACCAUGGCAGUAGAUUAAUCCUCACUUCCCGCGCUAGACAUGUAGGCGUACACAUAGGUGGGGAAAACUCUCUACACAUCAUGGAACCACUAGACUCAGGAAACAGUUGGGAACUCUUUUCUAACAUAGUUAUGACCCCGUUACAAAAUAUCAAUGGAAGCUUUCUCUCUCCACAAAUGGAAGAUACGGGAAGACAAAUUUUGGAAAAAUGUGGUGGUGUCCCUCUGGCUAUUAUGGUCAUGGGAAGCCACUUGUUGUCUGUAGAAGGGACACUACCUGCAUGGAAGAGGUUCCUGGGAAGCAUGGGCCAUGGACGACCUGAAAUUUUAAAAAUCUUGGCUUUGAGUUACAAAGAUUUAUCCCAAGAGUUAAAGCAAUGUUUUCUCUAUUUUGGUCUUUUCCCUGAAGACCAUGAAAUCCCUGCAACUAAAUUGAUUAAUCUGUGGGUGGCUGAGGGAUUUGUACAAACCCGAGGAGUGCAGACACCAGAGGAUACAGGGGAGGAUAAUCUGCACCAGCUUAUCAGUAGGAACUUGAUUCAGGUUGUUAGGAGGAGGUUUGAUGGAAGAGUUAGAACUUGUCGCAUUCAUGAUCUAUUCCACAACCUUUGUAUUUCCGAGGCCAACAAGACCUACUUCUUCACAACACAUGACAACAUUGAUUCUACUUAUCCAAAGAGAGUACGUAGACUUACCAUCUAUCACAGUAGCAUCUGUGACUACAUCUCUCUAGGCUGUCACACCCCCAGUCUUCGAGCUCUGCUAUGUGUCAAUAACAAUGAGGAGAUACUUCAAAACAAACAACUUGAAUAUAUACACAAAGGCUUGGGACUGCUUCGAGUGCUGAGUCUUGAGGGAGUAACAUUCCCACCAACUCUUCCAGAUGCAAUAGGGAAUCUUGUCCAUUUGAGCUACCUUGAAUUGGGGAGAGACGGUCUUGUGAGGCUCCCUUCCACCAUAGGCAAUCUCAAAAAUUUAAAAACCUUGGAUGCUAGACAAUGCAAUAAUCUCGUCUUACCUACUGUUAUGUGGAAGAUGAAAGAGUUAUGA